UCUAGAACGGAGUCAGUAGGUUGUGGCCCUGCUCCAGGUGCAUCAUCGUAUCAGUCGUACCUAUCAGUCCGUACGAUAUAGGCAACACACGCGCAGUCUCGUGCUCACACUCUGCGGCGGACGACCGGCACGCGAAUCGUAUAUAGUAUAGUAAUUCACUCCUCCGGAGACACUUAUUUAAUAAACACACUCGACGUUGUAUCGCAAUCAUUUUGUCGCAUCGACAUUUUUUUUUUGUUUCCGUCGUGUUAUAACCUUUAAACCGGCAUUUAUAUUUACAUAUUUAGAGAAUAUUAUAUAUUAUACACACGUCGGGACAGUGUAAUGUGCAAUUGUUGAAACAGUACUUAUACCUACGCACGAGCACAGACCGUUUUCCGUUUCUCGACGAUAGAGUAAAAUCUAAAGCCUGCGAUACGAUGAAGAGUCUCGGAUUUUCCGAGUACCUUGCCAUUUGCUGGUGCCUGUGUCAAUGUCUAAUAUACCACGGCGCAUCCGGAGCCAGGGAUUCCGCGUGUCCAAGGAUAUGUCCGCAGGGAAGUUCCGAAGAACCGGUUUGCGGUUCGGACGGCAUAAUUUAUCCGAACGAGUGCGAACUGAAAAAGAAGACUUGCGGAAAAGGCAUAGCAGUGGCGGAGAGUUCAACGCAGUGUCUGCGGGCGUAUGGAUCGAAUUGCGAACAUCGUUGUGGCAAAGAACAGGACGCGGUGUGUGGUACCGACGGCCGGACGUACCUAAACAGAUGUAUGAUGCAAGUGGAAAUAUGUAGGGUUGGCACGUCGAUGUCACACUUGGGACCAUGCAACAACAUAUCAGCCCACAGGGAAAACUGUCCGGUAAACUGUGACCAGGCGCCUAUGGACGGACCUAUUUGCGGAUCCGACGGGAACGUUUACAGGAACACUUGUCAGAUGAAACUGUUCACUUGCGGACAAGGGGUGGUGAGGACAUCCAAGAAACACUGUCAGACGACCAGACACUGCCGGGAAUCGUGUUGGAGGGUGUCAAAGCCCACUUGCGGGUCGGAUGGCAACAUCUACAGCAACGCGUGUCGGAUGAAGUCCAAAAACUGUGGCAAGCACGUAUUCGAGGUGCCCAUGGCGUUCUGUCUAAGCCAAGAACGCAACCGGGUGGGUUCAGCGAACGCGUGUCCGGUGAAUUGCGACAAAGAGAAGGACCGACUGACGUGCGGCUCUGAUGGCAACGUGUACCGUAGCGAGUGCGAAAUGAAAAUGCUCAAUUGCGGACAACAGACCAAGAAGAAGGUGACUAAGGUGGAUUUGGAAAAGUGUAGAUCCAGAAUCAACAAGUGCAACAAAGGCCAGUGUCCGGAUGAUGUGGAUCCAAUCUGUGGAAACGACGCUCAGAAUUACAAAAAUCAAUGCCAAUUGGAACAAGCCACUUGUUUGAGAGGAAUACAAAUGGCACACUUGGGCAAGUGCUCGUCGCUGCUGUCCACUGAAAAGUGCCCGCAGAGCUGUGAAAACGAACGAGAAGAACCUGUGUGCGCGUCCGACGGCAACGUUUACAGGUCAGAGUGCGAUUUGAAGAUGAACACGUGCGGGCAAAAAGUCGUGGCCGUUCCGCCGCACCACUGUCCCACGACGGCCCUGUGCCACCAACAAUGUGAGAAGACCAAAGAAUUUGUGUGCGGAUCUGACAACAAGCUGUACAAGAACGAAUGCGAAAUGAAACGCGAAAACUGUGGAAAACACGUGUACGUGGUGCCCAUGAAGAGGUGUCUGACAGGAUUCCAGUUCAAAGGAUGCCAGCGGGUGUGCCCGACUCUGUACGACCCGAUUUGCGGCACCGACCUGAAGACUUACAGCAACGACUGUUUCUUGGAAAUGGAGAACUGCCGGUCCCGAUCGCUGGUCAGCAAACAGUACCACGGCGUUUGCGGACAGCCCACCGAAGAGCCCAAAAACUAUUUGUACUGAUCCUACAUAAUAAUUGUAUUAUUUAUUUUAAUAUUAUUAUAUUAUAGCAUAAAAAUUCAUGAUGGCGUAUACAUAAUAUAUUAUUAUUAUUAUUAUUAUUAUUCGCGAC